UGUUCCGCCGAUCAUCAUAAUCAUUCUUUUUACUAUAUGCAUAUCAAGGAAAAGAAUACUGGCCUUCCUCAAGAGAGAUAAAGGGGACGAGUUUGAUGUUGAGGCAUUUAUAAGGAACUAUGGAUCACUUACUCCAAAGCGGUAUACCUAUGCAAACGUCAAGAAAAUGACAGACUCUUUCAAAGAUAAAAUAGGUAAAGGUGGAUACGGAACCGUGUACAAAGGCAGGCUACCUGAUGGCCUUCUCGUGGCAGUCAAAGUCCUACGCGAGUCCAAGGGUAAUGGAGAAGACUUUAUUAAUGAGGUUGCUAGCAUUGGUAGAACCUCCCAUGUCAACAUAGUCACUCUUUCUGGAUUCUGUUACGAGAGGGACAAAAGAGCUCUGAUUUAUGAAUUCAUGCCUAAUGGAUCUCUGGAUAAUUUCAUACAUAAGCACGGAUCUGAAAUGGAAAAUCGUCGCUUAGAAUGGAAAACACUAUCUGAAAUUGCAGUUGGCAUUGCUCGAGGACUAGAAUACUUACACCGUGGUUGUAACACGAGAAUUCUGCAUUUUGACAUAAAGCCACGGAACAUUCUGUUGGACAAAGAUUUUUGCCCAAAAAUCUCUGAUUUUGGCCUUGCCAAAUUAUGCAAAACAAAGGAGAGUAUUGUAUCGAUGUUAGGUGCGAGAGGAACUGCAGGAUACAUAGCACCAGAAGUUUUUAGUCGGAACUUUGGAGGCGUAUCUCACAAAUCUGAUGUGUACAGCUACGGGAUGUUGAUUCUUGACAUGGUUGGAGCAAGAAAGAAUUUGGAUUCGGGAGUGACUCAUACGAGCGAAAUGUUCCCAAAUUAUGUUUACACAAGGCUGAACAUAUUUGGGGAUAUACCUGAGGAGGAAGAAGAAGUGGCAAGAAAGCUGACUUUAAUAAGCCUGUGGUGCAUUCAGACCAUUCCUUCUGAUCGGCCAUCAAUGAGCAAAGUUGGAGAGAUGUUGGAAGGACCCCUUCAUUCCUUGCAAAUUGCACCAAAGCCUUUCUUAUCUUCUCCUACAAUAGCUGCAGAGGACUCUAUGACCACAACCCAACCGUCUGAAACUGACUAGGGCAAUUAGUUUCAUCAGCAGAUAUCUUGUAAUUAGGAAAUGCCAACUGAAUUAUAAGAAAGUUGGCUUGGUGAAAAUGAGACAGUUUUCAUUAUCCGAAAUGUCUAUGUAUGGCAAGACAAUCUGCAUACUGGUUGACAUUGUAUUAAUAUGUCACAUUGUCUUCUCAACGAAGUGCUCUG